UCCUUACUCAUGUGGAGGGCAGAGAAGAGCGCUGGAUCUGACCUAUAGAUGCAUCCAUACCGAGUGGACUUACCAGCUGUCAGUAUGGAUAACUGUGCGGGAACCCAUCACUCCCAUGCCGCCGUGUCUUCAACUGGGGAUAAAAGCUCCGGGUGCGAAGACAGACCCGCUGGAACCCACGCGCACGAAAAGCCACCUUAUUCAUACGUGGCCCUUAUUGCGAUGGCCAUCAAAGACAGCGAGGAUAAAAAGUUGACCCUGAACGACAUCUACAGCUUCAUCGUGUCCAAGUUUCCGUAUUACGAGAAGAACAAAAAGGGCUGGCAGAACAGCAUCAGACACAAUCUGAGUCUGAACGAGUGCUUCGUGAAAGUGCCCCGGGAGAGCGGAGGGGAGAGGAAGGGUAACUUCUGGACCCUGGAUCCAUCGUUUGAAGACAUGUUCGACCAGGGCAACUACCGGAGAAGGAGGCGCGUCAAGAGACCCUACCGACCACCCACUUUAGCGUAUUUACCGGGAGCCCCUGGAUUUAAUUUCAACGAUUCUUACUGCCUGCAACCAGAGCACGUUUACUGGCAAACCCCGUUCAGCAGCACCCCCUGGAGUCAGCACCAUUCCGGUUCUCCAACGCUCCAGCCAAUGUUCGGUAACGCGCGCCCUCUCUCGCCAAACGAUUACGCCAACUCUCCCGUGAGUUAUUACCAUGGUCACCAUCACCUACACCCUUCGUACAGAUCGUACCACCGGCACCCGAGCGCUAUGAUGCCUUUGAGCGCGCACACGUACAGCGGGAUGACCCCGCCGGUGAGUCCGGGCGCGAGCUCCAUCUCCACCUGCAGCUUUACGCAGCAUCCAAGCAGCCACAUUGAAGUUGUGCAUCAUCCAUAUGAGUGAUGGACAGAUGCGUGAUGACUGAUUCAUAUCGGCAGUUGUUAUUUUCACAAUGUUUGCCUGUUUUUCCUGGAAAUGUUUUGCGUUCCUUUCCUAUUGUUUCUGAAUUUCUGAGUUUGAUAUUAAGUUAGGUGCAAAACUUGUUUCGUAUCAAAUUUGCCAUUACGGAUUUAUUCCAUAAGCAUCCAUUCGUGAUUGUGACAAAAACUGUUCGCACUUUGUUUAAACCAAAAUAAUUUAUUUCAACAAAUGUUCGAAGCAUCAAGUCGCUAAAGCAUAUUUCGGUCCGUUUGUUUACCGUUGUGUUGACAUCAUUAUAUGGAUUUACGAUUGGGAUGGCAAUUUUACUGUAUAAAAUAAGUUUGUUAACGAAGUCUUGUUUAAAACUGGUUUACAAGAGUAAGCUACUAAACAUUCGAUUGUGUAUCGUCUCUAAAUAUGUGUUUUAUAUAUUGAAUAGAGGUUUAUUGUGUCUGGAAUUUAAAAAUAUUUUUCUAUGCAAAUGUUCGUUACUUGUUUGAGUUUUUCUCUGAUAAAAUGUUGAAAGCUA